ACCACAAAGGACUUUACUAAACUAGCUUCCAGUUAGUACACUGAAAUUCAAAGUCAUGCUCAUAACUGUUAAUGAAAGCAGAUUCAAAGCAACACCACCACCACUGAAGUAUUUUUAGUUAUAUAAGAUUGGAACUACCAAGCAUGUGGCUCAUGGUCAGUGUAAUUCUAAUCUCACGGAUAUCCUCUGUUGGGGGAGAAGCAACGUUCUGUGAUUUUCCAAAAAUAAACCAUGGAAUUCUAUAUGAUGAAGAAAAAUAUAAGCCAUUUUCCCAGGUCCCUACAGGGGAAGUUUUCUAUUACUCCUGUGAAUAUAAUUUUGUGUCUCCUUCAAAAUCCUUUUGGACUCGCAUAACAUGCACAGAAGAAGGAUGGUCACCAACACCAAAGUGUCUCAGACUGUGUUUCUUUCCUUUUGUGGAAAAUGGUCAUUCUGAAUCUUCAGGACAAACACAUCUGGAAGGUGAUACUGUACAAAUUAUUUGCAACACAGGAUACAGACUUCAAAACAAUGAGAACAACAUUUCAUGUGUAGAACGGGGCUGGUCCACUCCUCCCAAAUGCAGGUCCACUGUUUCUGCAGAAAAAUGUGGGCCCCCUCCACCUAUUGACAAUGGAGACAUUACUUCAUUCCCGUUGUCAGUAUAUGCUCCAGGUUCAUCAGUUGAGUACCAAUGCCAGAACUUGUAUCAACUUGAGGGUAACAAUCAAAUAACAUGUAGAAAUGGACAAUGGUCGGAACCACCAAAAUGCUUACAUCCAUGUGUAAUAUCACAAGAAAUUAUGGAAAAAUAUAACAUAAAAUUAAAGUGGACAAACCAACAAAAGCUUUAUUCAAGAACAGGUGACAUAGUUGAAUUUGUUUGUAAAUCUGCAUAUUAUCCAACAAAAUCUCAUUCAUUUCGAGCAGUAUGUCAGAAUGGGAAACUGGUAUAUCCCAGUUGUGAAGAAAAAUAGAAUCAAUGGCGUUACUAUUAGUAAAACGCACACCUUUUUCUGAAUUUACUAUUAAAUUUGUUGUCAAUUUCA